CAUCAGAUUCUUGCUCGUUCGAGUCUGGACCUCCCCAUUUCCUCUCGUUCGCUUUAUUCGUUUAUCGCCUCGGAUCUCUUGUUCGUCAUUAGUUGACGCUCCGGCGAAUCGACCCGGACCUCGGUGGCGCUCCAGUGGCAGCGCCGGUGAAUUCCGAUAAGCGUUGCGGUGGCUCACCAGCAUGACAUCAUCCGGCGAGAGGCUGGAAUUAGUGAAGCUUUGCAGUUCGCGUAAUUGGUCCAAAGCCAUCCGCAUACUCGAUUCUGUUCUUUCCCGAUCGUGCUCCAUUCAGGAUCUCUGCAAUCGCGCCUUUUGUUACAGCCAGUUGGAACUGCACAAGCACGUCAUCAAGGAUUGUGAUAGGGCUCUUAUGCUCGAUCCUGCUCUUCUUCAAGCUUAUAUACUUAAAGGUAAUGCUUUCUCAGCAUUAGGCAGGAAGGAGGACGCUUUGCAUGUAUGGGAGGAAGGCUAUACGAAAAAUGUUUAUGAAUCAACAGAUAUAAAGCAGUUGUUGAUACUGGAAGAAUUAGUGGAAUCCGCAAAACAAAAUUCAGCCCUUGCCAAUGGAUCUUAUUCCAAUGAAUUUUCUAAUGCCGUGAAAAUAGAGGCUGAGGCUGAAGUAGUACCUACGGACUGUAAAAGUGAUGCCAUUGAUUGCUCCGAUGCGGUAACAUGCAAGCUUGUUCCUGGUGGAGACUCUGCCUUAGACUCUCCAAAUAACACUAUUUUGUCUACUGAUACCGAAUCUAAAAGUCCGAGCAAAGCAAGGGAUUCAUCAGAUAUAUGUAUCCAACCUUGUGACGCUGCUGAGAAAUAUGGUAGAUCAGAUGAGACUACUAAAGUUAGCAACAAAAUGUUUGUUGCUGGCAAUACAAUAAACUUGGAUAUUCGGUUGUCCCGAGGAAUAGCACAGGUCAAUAAAGGGAAAUAUGGAGAAGCUAUAUCCAUUUUUGACCGGGUCCUGAACGAAAACCCUAAAUAUGCUGAGGCUCUUAUAGGUCGAGGAACAGCUUAUGCUUUCAAAAGAGAGCUGGAAGCUGCUAUUGAUGAUUUUACUAUGGCUAUUAAGUGCAAUUCAUCUGCUGGAGAAGCUUGGAAACGGAGGGGACAAGCUCGUGCUGCAUUAGGUGAAUUUGAGGAGGCUAUUGAGGACUUAACGAAAGCAUUAGAAUUUGAGCCAAAUUCUUCUGAUAUUUUACAUGAAAGGGGAAUUGUUUGUUUCAAGUUCAAAGAUUAUCAUGCAGCAGUGGAAGAUCUUUCUUCUUGUGUCAAAUGCGAUGCGGAAAACAAGUCUGCUUACACAUACUUAGGGCUUGCUUUGUUUCAUAUUGGUGAGAAUUGUCAAGCUGAAGUGGCGCUUCUCAAAUCAAUAAAACUUGAUAAAAGUUAUAUAGAGGCAUGGACCCAUCUCGCUCAGUUUUAUCAAGAUCUGGCAAAUCCAGAGAAAGCAUUACAGUGCCUUGAGCAAGUAUUACUUGUUGAUGAAAGGUUUGCUAAAGCAUAUCACUUGCGUGGGCUACUCUAUCAAAUGAUGGGGCAACAUAGGGCUGCUAUUAAAGAUUUCUCUUUAGGACUGAGUAUUGACAGUUCAAACAUUGAAAGCCUGUACUUGCGUGCAUCUUGUUAUCAUGCCAUUGGAGAGUAUAGAGAUGCGGUCAAAGAUUAUGACCUAGUCAUGGAUUUAGAGAAUGGUUCAAUGGAUAAGUUCGUGCUUCAGUGCUUAGCGUUUUACCAGAAAGAAAUUACUCUUUACACCGCUUCAAAGGCCAGCAGUGAAUUCUGUUGGUUUGAUAUUGAUGGUGAUGUUGAUCCGCUUUUUAAGGAGUAUUGGUGCAAAAAAUUGCAUCCAAAAUUUGUAUGUGAAAGAGUUUUCAGGCAACCGACCUUGCGUGAUUCAUUGAAGAAGGGCCGGCUUAAGAAGCAAGAAUUCUCUUUUACAAAACAAAAAACUUGUCUUCUACAAGCAGCAGAUCUUAUAGGACAAAAGAUUCAGUAUAACUGCCCUGGAUUCUUGCCCAAUAAACGCCAGUAUCGAAUGGCUGGGCUAGCUGCAAUUGAGAUUGCACAAAAGGUUGGAAAGGCAUGGCGUUCACUAAGAAAUGCUAGUAGAAGUGGGAGAAAAGUUAGGAGGAGAGAAAGGCCUCUUGUGCAGAGCCAUAAUAGAGGUGGCGUUUGUUGUAGUACUAGCAGCCUAUCAGAAAUCUCAGCCUCAUAUAGCUCCAGCGAAGAUAAAAUUUCUUCUAACCGUUCCUUUUCUUGGAGGGACAUUUAUUCAAUAGCUGUCAGAUGGAGACUGAUCUCAGAGCCUUGUGACCCUGUUGUUUGGAUCGACAAAUUGAGUGAAGAGGCUGAUACUGGAUUUAGUCAUCAGACUCCAAUUCUGCAAGGCCAAGCAAAAAUUGUCCGCUAUUUUCCAAUGAAUCUGAGGACCCUGGAUGUUGCAAAGUCUAUCAUAAGGGAUUUGAAGUACGUGCAUGUUGAUGAUAAAAUUUUUCAUGUCUCUGAAGCUAAUACACUUGAAAAAAUAGCACAUGUUGAAUCCUGUUCGGACCUUUAUGGCAUUGUUGGCAAAAGUUUCUGGGUUGCUACUAUGUGCGACAGCGCAGCCUUUGAGGGGAAGCAGCUUGAUGGAACACAGAUUAGCAUUCGGAGGAUGGGAAAUAAGGGAUUUGAUUUUACGAUUCAAACACCAUCAAGUUCUUCUAGAUGGGAAGAUUAUGAUACAGAAAUGGAAGCAGCAUGGGAGGAGCUAUGCACUGCCUAUUGUGAUGAGCUCUAUGGCUCAAAUGAUCUCAGUUUGCUGGAGAAUGUAAAAGAUGCAAUCCUCCGAAUGACGUACUACUGGUUAAACUUCAAGCCACUAACUCGAGGGUCUGCUGUUGUUGGGUUGACGGUUAUGUUAGGAUUAUUCAUCGCGACCAACAUGGAAGUAACCGCGAGUAUCCCUCCCGGCGUCCAGGUGGACUGGGAAGCCCUCCUAUCCCCAAACCCUCAGUUAUUCAUCAACACCAUAAAAACAUGGCUAUAUCCAUCUCUCAGAUAUAGCGUCGCUUGGAAAGAAUAUCCGGACGUGGCUUCAACUUUCUCAACAACUGGAUCAGCAGUUUCUGCCCUGAGUAAUUAUUUUUUAUCAUAAAAGGUCAUACAUGCUGCUCUCAGCCAUUCUUUGCCCUGGGAAAACCAUGACUUGAUUACAGCACUUCGUUGGGGGAAGCUAUUUUCUGUGUGAAUUAUAAAGUGCAAGGUUCAAAAGUGGUACUGUUCUAUAACCCUAAACUUAAAUGCAUUUGUUUCUCUGUGUUUUACUAAUUUAUUUUUGUAUGUUAUACUCCUCUUGUUAUUAGCCAUUGGCUUUAGGGUAUUUGUUU